CAACAACAACAUCCUAAGACUCUUCGCCGUCAUGUCGUCCAAGCCUGCGACUCGUGCCCUCACACAGGCUCUCCGACGACCUGCCAUCCGCACAUCCGUCGAGCGCUGCGUGCGCAUCAGCCACACCAGCUUCGCAAUCCGAAGCGCAAGCACCUUGUCCUCUUCAGCCUCUUCCCUCCGGCCAACACUGCAGCGACAUCAUCCGCCGAGCGCCAGUAGUACAGCGCGGCGCACGAUAUUCAUUCAGACCGAGGACACGCCCAACGCCGAUGCGCUCAAGUUCAUCCCCAACCACCAAAUCCUGCCCGACAACUUCUCUUCGUCAUUCCUCGAAUAUAUGACGCCGCGCUCGACGCUGGCACCGCCGCACCCCUCUCCGCUCGCGCAGCAGCUGAUGAAUGUAGACGGCGUGUCGAGCGUCUUCUAUGGCCGCGACUACAUUACUGUAACCAAGGAUACCUCGACGCCGUGGGCGCACGUCAAGCCCGAAGUGUUCAGUCUCAUCACCGAGGCUGUCACGAGCGGGCAGCAAAUUGUGAACACGGUUGAAAAUAAAGCGGGCGACGAUGGCCAGUCAUCAGGCGACGAGGCAGUCACAUAUGCGCCAGAGGAUGAGGAGGUGGUCGGGAUGAUCCAAGAAUUAUUGGAGACGCGCAUCAGGCCUGCCAUUCAAGAAGACGGUGGAGACAUUGACUUUAGGGGCUUUCACGAUGGGCAAGUGCUGCUCAAGCUGCGAGGGGCGUGCAGGACGUGCGACAGCAGCACGGUGACAUUGAAGAAUGGCAUCGAGAGCAUGUUGAUGCACUAUAUUGAGGAAGUCAAAGGUGUGCAACAAGUAAUGGAUCCAGAAGAGGAGAUCGCUAUGCAAGAGUUUGCCAAGUUUGAAGAGAAGCUGCGGAACCAGAAGGGCGAGGUGCCUCCUACGAGUCCCAGUCCAGGCAGUAUGGAUAAGAUAGCUUGAUUGAAGGAGACCAUGACGCCGCCAUGCAUCAUUGGAAUGCAAACACAGUGAGGAAGCUGCUGUACAUUGCGCAGAGUGCCAUGAGUAUGCACCAGAUUGCAAGUGCCGACAUGGUAAAGAUGGUUGCAGUAUGGAGAGACGUGUGCCAUUGACGACAGUUCCAGACUGCGAGGCACCGUUGAGCUUUGAUUCAGCCUGUUGGCGCAGAGAUGUUCGUAUUGCAACUUUCGUCAGCAGCAGCGCCCGCACAGUACGGUAGUAUACCGGCCAAUGUCUGUGAGCCUCUAGAGCCUGCCUGCUGAAAUAAAGCUGGGCUGAGAGCCCGCUAGAAUUACCUUAGGC